CUCUGUGUGCACACUGCUGUCGUUGAGCUUCUUUCUGCGCCGUCUCCCUCUGGUUUUCUUCAUCUGAGAAGAAACAGUAUAACAUAUUGCUUGCGGCUGUCUCACAUCCUCUCCUGUAAACACAGCAAUAUCUCGUAGUAGUUGACUGCCUCAUCCAUGCAUUGGAGUCCUGGGCCCCAGCGCACCGGCCCCGGCUCCAGCCAUGUCGGCCAGGAAUGCAUCGGCUGGUGGCGGUGACAGAGCGGGAGGAGGCGAACCGGCAGAGGAUGUGCUGGUUGAUGAAAACCAAAGCAGCUCUCUCUCUCUGUCCAGCCUGAUGACCCCAUCCUCAGCUGCUGGCAUGUCCUUAAGUAUGGAGAUGCCCCGGAAGCGCAAGGGCAGCAUAGACAACCAGGAUACAAAAUCUGCUUCCAUCCCUGAUGCAGAUAUGGAAGACGACCAAAACAGGUCAGAUGGAGAGGACCAACAUGUCAAAAUGAAAUGCAUCAGGGAGCCACACAGCCAAAUUGAGAAGAGGAGACGGGACAAAAUGAACAACCUCAUAGACAAACUAUCAGCCAUGAUUCCGACUUGUAACCCCAUGUCUCGAAAGCUGGACAAGCUCACUGUGCUCAGAAUGGCUGUGCAGCACCUCAAAUCUCUCAAAGGUUCAGCAAGUUCAUUUUCUGAAGCUAAUUAUAAGCCGUCAUUCCUUCCUAAUGAGGAGCUGAAACACCUUGUCCUCAAGGCUGCAGAUGGGUUCCUGUUUGUAGUGGGCUGUGAUCGUGGGAAAAUAGUUUUUGUCUCAGAGUCCGUCACGAAGAUAUUAAAUUAUAGUCGGACGGAGCUGAUCGGACAGAGCCUGUUUGAUUACAUACACCCCAAGGACAUGGGAAAAGUGAAGGAGCAGCUGUCAGCUUCUGAAUUAUACCCUCGUGAACGACUAAUAGAUGCUAAAACCGGUCUGCAGGUCCAGGCUGACCUCCCAGUCGGUGCAGCUCGGCUGUGUUCAGGCGCACGGCGCUCUUUCUUCUGCCGCAUGAAGUACAACAAAGUUUCUGUCAAAGUGGAGGAGAAGGAGUUCCAGGCCAGCACCUCCAAAAAGAAAGAGUCGCAGAAGUACUGCACAGUCCACUGUACAGGCUACAUGCGCAGCUGGCCAACCAGUCAGUUGGGAGCAGACGGGGAGGGCGAGGCGGACAAGCAGGACAGCUCCCACUUCAGCUGCCUGGUGGCGGUGGGACGCAUCCACUCUCACUCAUCUCCCCAGGUUAACGGAGAAGUCCGAGUUAAACCAACAGAGUUCAUCACACGCUAUGCCAUGGAUGGCAAAUUCACCUUUGUGGAUCAAAGAGCGACAACCAUUCUUGGUUAUCUUCCCCAAGAGUUGCUUGGGACAUCAUGCUAUGAGUACUUCCAUCAAGACGACUUACCGCAUUUAGCAGAUAGACAUCGAAAAGUGCUGCGGAGUAAAGAGAAAAUUGAGACAAACUGUUAUAAGUUCAAAACAAAAUAUGGCUCUUUCGUCACUCUGCAAAGUCAGUGGUUUAGUUUUGUAAAUCCCUGGACCAAAGAAGUAGAAUACAUAGUGUCAACUAAUACAGUCAUAUCACAUGAUCACAGUCGAAACAGGUCGGGAAACAAGUCUGAACAGCUGAGCAAUUCCAAGACUUCUGAAGAAGAUGGCAAGAAGUCCCUUCCGAUUAUACCAGGCAUCUCCAACACACCUGGAACUAUGAUUUAUGCUGGAAGCAUAGGGACCCAGAUUGCCAAUGAGCUCCUGGAUUUCAACAGGAUGAACUCAUCACCUUCCAGUGGUAACGUCAGCCCGUUCAGUUUGCCACAGGAUAAGUCUCCACAAACUCACAAUCAAAUGAGCAACAAUGUGCCAAAUGGAGAGGCAACAGACAUGGAGAUGCCAGGAAAGUCCAGCUCAGAGGAUGAGCCCCAGGGAGCUACAUUCUCAGGAGGAGAAACACUCAUGGGGGAGAAUUCCCAGCUGGAUUUGGACAGUGUGGUUGGACCAGGCCUUAGUAGUCUCAGCAACGAUGAAGCAGCCAUGGCAGUGAUCAUGAGCCUCCUGGAGACGGACACAAACUUGGGCGAGGCUGUGGACUUUGAAGAGAUGCACUGGUCUUUAUAGAAUCUGGUCUUACAGUGUGACGCUGUGGCACAGUUGUUGGACCAUCAGUUUUUUGGUGACAAGAACUUCUCGAAUGCUUACUCCAAGAGCAUUCUGUUUUUUAAAGACUUUUUUUAAUUUAUUAGUUACCUUUUUCCACAUAAGCUGUGUAGUCUUCGGGUGGCUGCUCUAACAGGAGCGGGAUCGAUGACGAUAAGGGACAACUGCUUUCCCUCUUCAAAAGGAGGAUUUGCCUCUAAAGCCUUACAGCGGUCUGCCUGCCCUGAAACGCUGUUCCUCACUGCUUUCUUCACAUCUACUGUCAUCCUCUGUUUAACUGAAGAGGCUCUUACAAGGUUGAAGAACAUAUGAACACAAAUGACAGUGGAAGGGCUUGCGUCGUGGCGGCUCGGGUUUCCUGCUUGUAUUUCUCUCCUCACUGACAUUUGAACAAAGGUUCGGAGUGACGAAGCAAAAAAAAAGAAAGAAAUUGCACUGAAUCGAUUUCAUGUUUUUAAAAAAAAAAAAAAAAAAGAUGUAAUUUGAUUAGGUACUGUAUGGUUAAAGGAAGACACCAUGACAACCAGGCCCAUCUCUGUGACCCCUCAGGAUCCAAACCGUAGGUAGGCAGUGUACCACGGAAGACCACACUUCCAUAACCUCUAACUUUGAGAGUCACUUUAUAAUGUGUCACUCAGAGAUUUUCUCUUAACUUGUCAGUAUCUGAACAUUUUCCAUUGAAACGGUCCAGUAACCUCCUCUCUUGUACACUGACUUGAACAUACUGUAUAUGUGUACAUUUGGUAUGAUUGCAAACACCAUGUCUUCAGGCCAUAUCUGUCUUAAAGGGAUAGUUUGCAUAGGAAGAAUAUUUUAAUUAAUUUUUAGUAUAUAUAUCUACAUUUGUAUAUACAUAGUAUAUACAUCUAUGACUGCCCUGGAUUUUAUUUACACUAGUUCUACACAUUUACCAUUUCCUGGCAGAAAGUAUCCACCCUCAUAAAUAAAGAGAGCGGUCAGUUUUGGUGAUUGACCCUUCAUGAACUCCUAUAGAUUUAUGAGCACUACAGUACUACUUAAUGCAAAGUGAAACAGCACUUUAGAGGUGCUGAAAUGGAAGUUUGGUAGCAACGGCUGAACAGCAAACCCAUUUCACAUCUGUGACAUUUUAUUAAUACAUGUUUGAGGUUGAGUCUCAUGUUAGAAGUGAUAAACUCAGGGAGCGAUGGAAGCAAAUCCGCCCCAUGUAAAACAUACGAUGACACAGUUCUUAGUACGUGUAGCAGUAUUUGUCUGCCAGUUUAAGUUUUAAAAAAUACUUUCCUACAUACUGUAUAUUGGUAUGUGGUGUAAUGAGUCUGAACUUGUUCACAUGUACAUCUGAUUUGUCACUCAUUGUCUGCUUUAUAAUCUUGCAGGUAAGCCAUAGCUUUAGCUGUUUUUUUUUUGUUUUCCAUGUACCUUUAUGCACUGACAGUCUUUCAAAAGACAUGUUCAUGUUUUAUGUGCCUGUCAGAGGCACACAGCAUUGUCAUGCACCUGCAUACAUUUUUUUAAGGGAUUAUUCUAUGCAGAGCUAUCAUUCCAUAAAUCCUAAACUUCAAGCUAUGUCUCUCUCUCUCCAUGUAAUUGUCACUCCCGUAUCAUGCAUGACUCAAAAAAAAAAAAAACUCCAAAUGAAAUAAGACUUUUGGUGAGAAUAAGUCACAAGUUGUUUGGAUCCUUUUUCCAUUUACCUCAUCUAGAGUUCUGUUUUGCCCCUCCUUUAUAAUUGCACAUCUUAGAUUUUACAACACUGAUAGCCAUUAUGUGAUGACUUCUAUGGUAGUGUAUGUGAUGUAUGUGUGGCAGUGACAUGGCCUUAUGGAUUGAUGAAAGGUAAAAAUUUGAAUGACUAAAAUAUAUCCAGUUAUACAUCCCCUAUUUCAAGUUAUCAAGAACUGAAAUAUUUCUCAACAUGUGAGUCUACAAAUUAUGAAGUAAAGAAAAUUAAGAGAUGAACGAGCCCUACAGACUGUUGUAAAUGUUACAUUUAUCAAAUUGCAUUUCUUUUGCCGGAGUGUUGAACACUGAAUGUGCAAUGAAAGGCAGUCUUUUUUUUUUUUUUUUUUUCAAGACACUUAAAGAAUAUCAAGUACAUAAACAACUCGGUCAAAAACAUAGCAGUUGUAUUACUGUCCACAUAGUCAAUAUAUGGAACUGUGUAACUUUUAUGCCAUGCAAUUGUUCAUAUUGGUAACGUGGGCCACAAUUUAUAGUCAUCUGUUAAGGAUUUUCCAAUAAGAACGCUAGUUUCGAGGAUAGAAACGGUGGUUGUGAAUCAUGAAGAAUACUGUCUUUUCUCUCUAAUGCUUGAAUUACGAGGAGCCGGUGGAUGGAGCAGCUGAACUCACGAGGACCCUCCUGCCUGUGUCCGAAGUGCCUUUGGACAUUUCUGCUAGGACACACAAUAAACCUGUGUUGCUUUUGGAGAUCGCCUCCCACCUGGCGCCUUUGCAGACUGAAAGCAGGGCUAAAAUGUUAUCUUUGGAUUAACUUGAUGCAACAUGGCAUACUGUGCACAUCAUGAAUGAAGUGGAAGCUUGUUCACAGAUGAAACAGGAGCUGUACAUGUUGGCUUUGGCACUCACUACCUAACCAAACAGCCAGAACUAUGGAGUCGUGCCAUAGACACACGCUGGUCCUUUUUUAAAGGCAAAAAGUCAAUUUUGUAUUUUUUUUUUUUUCCCCCAUUCCUCUUGUUCAAUCAUUGCACUAUUGUAGCUGUAAUUUGCCCAGAAAGCUUAAACAUUGCUCUCACUUCAGCUUGUUUGGUAGUGACUGAGUGAUAAACCUUGCAAAGAGGUAACAUUUUUCUUCUGCUUCCAUUCGGAAUAAAACCGUACACUUUGUAAGAUAGGGAACAUUAUGUUUUGAUUUCAUGCCCCUUUAUAUGUCUAGUUGCAUGCUGUUCUUGUAUCAUUUAUUGUUAUUGUUUGUUUUUGAAAUCUGUCGCGUCAUUAGACUUGGGAAGUUAAGACGGACACAGCCAACUGUCGCUGCGCAGGAGGAAGGACCUUAACCUUUGGGCUUAUAUCGGGCAGUUGGGAGUUUGUUACUGCCUCCAUUGUACCACUUCCUGCCACUUUAUAAGUUCAUUCUUGUUUGAUUUGUGGGCCGCAGAGGAAGCACUUACUGUAUUUGUUAAUUGCAUUAUUGCUGCUACUUUCAACAUGUCUGGGCUGUCUUCCCAGGUUGUCGUGUUGUUAAUAAAUAUUAGUUUACUAAACCCUCAA